UUCCGCCUCCUUAAGUUAUCGCGCUGAGGGACCGGAUGGCACAGUGCUGCAUCAUUCAUAUAUGGAGUUUGUAAAGUCCCCCAUUCAUAGUUUCAGGAGUUUAAAGAGUUCCCUCUCAGUCGCCAUUCAGUAUUUACCUAGGUAAUAAUGUAUUUAAAUGUAUUUGUAUUUAUAACAACUUUAAUACAAUAUCUAUGCAUCUAAAUAGGUACGUGUAAGUUUUUUGGAAUACAUUACUGAGCAUAUCAGCUAUUGGUACAUAGAUAAUUGUAUUCAAAGAUGUAGAGUAUCCAAAACACGAAUAGUACAACAGGAGACGGCUUUUAAAGUUUGCAUAUAGUUUUCAAUAGAUGCGAAGUAUAAAAUUUAACCAAAAUACACACAAUAAAUGAAUGUGAAGGGAAGUGUCUUCAUCAAAACAUCAGCCAUUCCGUCUCGUCCUCAGUUAUUUUUUAACUAAAAAUAAUUAUCGAGAGGAAUGAUAACUACGCUUUGCACCCUCGUCUGCGUAGCCCUGGAACGAUGCCCGCGAGUUUGUAGGGUAGUUUCAUGGUUAUUCUGCACUGGCUGCCAUGAAUGAAAAUUUAUUAUUGCGAGAAGGCUGCAGGCCCCAAUAAAAAACACCAGGCCCCACAAAAAAAAACGCACACCAGGCCCCACAAAAAAACACACCAUCCUAUCAGUGGGCAUAGUAACGCACGGAGCCCCAGCAGGCAAAGGCACGUAAAUGCUUGAAUAAACAGUCAUGGAAGGCAUUUAGCAUCUUUCUGCGUGGCGAUCAAUAGAGAAGAGAGAGGUGCCAGUUACCAUUAGUCAAGCAAUAUAUGUAUAAAACCCAUGUAUACCAGUAUUUCAUUAACAAACUGAAGGAUAUACGGAGUUACGCUAUAUGGGGGCGUAGUCUCCGUACAUUAGACUGGCCGAGGAGAAUUAUCGUACGGUUGAGUCUUCGAUGUCAAUGUUGCAAUACCGUACUCAUGGCGUGUCAGAAACAUUGCAUGAAACUAAACCUACGAAUUACUUUGAGCAGAGGCACCCAAGUAUGUAGGGCUUUGUAGCUUAAUUAUACUUUGUUUGAGCUACGUUGAGUGACAUCUUGGCGGGAAAGACAAAAACGGAGCUGUCUGCGCGAAGGGUGUGCGCAGUGGAGCUCGGGUAAGCGAAGUCUGACAUUUGCAGUCGUGGUCGAUCUCUUGUGACGGUGGGGUGUGUCGGUCCUCUUUCAGCCUAGCGUGGUAGUGGUGGCGGGAGGGUGUGUGUGAUAUCCCCGUUAUGGCAGCUCUCCCUGGCGCCCUACAGACGGGGCAGUGAGCUGAUCGGCGAGUGGGCUACCCCCAGGAUGCCAGGGCUCUCCGCGCCCACGCCCACCACCUCCCCGGCACGCCCGCGCCGCCGCCCCGUCCCGCGCCGCCAUGCCCGCGCCGCCCAGUCCGUGGUGUAGACAGGCGCGGCCGCCCGCCUCGCCGGCGCGGGGCGUCGGCUAGAGCAGCUGUGGCUCCCGGACCCGCGUGUGUGUGGCGAGUGACUGAGUGACAAGGUGAGCGGCAGCAGCGUGACGGAGCAGUCCGGCCCGGGCAGCAGGGCGGCGCCCAAAGGCGGGGGGUGUGAUGGGGGGCGGGAGGCGGGGGCGGAGGCUGGCCACCUUCUAGGAGCCAUGCAGCAGGUGGGUGGUGGGGGCGCCCAUUCCCCCGACAUGGCACUACAGCACCUGGAGCAGCUGGAAAGCCUUAUCAGGACAGUGGAGGCGCGCAGGGCCGCCAGCUGUGACCACAGCGACGGCUCUCCCACGCCCGCUUCCCCCCGUCCCCUCACGCCCAACUCCAUCCCAAGCCGUAACUCAAACUUCUGGCGCGAGGUAUCCCCGCAGCUGUCCUACAUUGACGGGGGCAGCUCCUGCGGCCGCAGCGUGUCGUGGAACCUGUCUGAGCUGCCAGGAAGCGAGUGCGGGCACCGCUCUCCCUACCACACCUCCUCACACUCCCUCAAGCCGCGCCAGGACGCCUCGCCGCCGCUGCCGCCCCUCACGCCCAUCACUAAAUCCGCGUCAGACACCCUUUGCUCGCCCUCCCACCUACCCGUCGCCCACUCCGUCGUGGAGGUGGAGAAGGGCGACAUCAAGACCAAGAUACAGAAGAGACUCAGCUUUGGCGACACACUCGACUUACACACCAACAUCUACACACCCGCCGAGGAAUGCACGGGCGUGGCUUGCAGCCUCGAGGUGGCAGCUGCCGACGGCACUGCCAACGGUUCCUCCACGUCCCUGGAGCGGCGGUGGACCGACGAAGAGUCUGGCGGCGGACCUCCACUCGUGCGACGCAACUCUGUGGACACGCAAAGCCAGUACUCCCUCUACAUGGACCGGGACCUCCGCUACUACUUCCAGCACCCGUGGCUCAGACUCAUCAUCGCCUACCUCGUCAUCUUCUGCAACUUUCUGCUCUUCGCCGAGGACCCCGUGUCGCACUCCCACGCAGAGUCCAACAUUCCAGUGGUUGGCAACGUCUUCAGUUUCGUAUCGACCAAGUAUCCGGACGAGUGGUUUUGGAGGAUGAUUAAGGUCAUAAUGUGGUUGAUAGCGAUACUCUGCGGGAUGCUGGUGGGGAAGGUGUUGAUCCAUGGCCUUAUCUUCAAGAGGAUGCUGCGACUCAAGAUGUUCCGGGAUGAGCAGGGCUCGUGGAUGACCAUGUUCCUGACCGUGAUCGUGUCCCUGUACAUGUUCUCCUACGUGUACAACCUGAUCCUCAUUCUGGGCCACAAGGAGUCCUGCAGGUGGCAAAUUGGCUCCGACAUGGAUGUGACCAACGAGAGCAUGAUGAAGGCAGCGGCGACUUGCACGUGGCUCGGUGACCUGGUGACGGCUCUCAUGGUGACCGACAUGAUGCUUCAGGACAACUUGUAUCCGAACUGGGCCCCCGAGUUUCGCCGCCUCUACCGCAUCUCCAACGUGCCGAGAAUCCUAAUCUUUUGGUUCAGUUACAUCGUGGUGGCCAUCGUGGUGAUCUUCCUCAUCGUGUCCGACUACAUAUCCUGGGACGAGCUGAAUAAAGGCUUUGUAGAGACGACUGAAUUAUCGCGGGCUUUUCUGGCCUCCUUUAUCCUCGUCAUGGACCUGCUGAUAGUCAUGCAGGAUUGGGACUUCCCGCAUUUCACAUCCACCAUUGAUGUCAACCUACUCGGCUUCUCCACGUAUAUCCUCCGUUGGAAAUAUCUCAAGAUAUCCGUCACCGGGAAGUGGUUCAAUUAUGGGAUCAUCUUUUUGGUCAUGAUCCUCGACCUCAACAUGUGGAAGAACCAGAUAUUCUACAGCCCUGGGCCCUACGGCCAGUACAUAGACCCCAACAGCAGCAAGGUGUACACGGUUGAGGACUCCGUGUUCAUCGCCGAAGGCAAUGAGUCCAUGUGGACGUGGAAGGCACGCUCGCAGAUAGACAACGGCACGGGCCGUCCAUACAGUGAAGCGGACAUGGACAUGAACUCUCGCUACAUGGAGUACAGCCUCUCAGUGAAAUGCACAGCCUUCAUUCCCAACAUCUUGGGUUUCAUCAUGCUCUUCACUCUGGUGUCUCUCUAUGGCCGCUUCCCGCCUAACCAGGAUGGAACCUAUGGAGGGCGACUCAAAAAGAAACGACGGUCGUCAUGGAGACGAGAGAGACGGUCAGCUCCAGAGCACUACUACAGGGAUGUGUCCUUGGGAAACUCCAGCAGAGAAAAGCGGGUUCUCAAACUCAAGAAAGCCCUUAAGAUUGCCAAGACUUCUAACCUAUAGCCAUGGUUGAGUUUGUUUCAAGGGGACCAGCUUUUGGUCCCCAGACAGGGCUGUGUAUGAGCUUAAGUUGUGGUAGUGGCUGUAUGUAACCAGACAAAUGUAAAUACUGUAUUAGAUAUAAUUCAUAUAUAGUAGACCCUCGAUUAUCUGUACCCCAAAUUCACAAAUAACAGAUUUCUCAGACAAAAUUCUAAGCAAAUAAUUGCUUCUUAGUACCAGCAGUUUUUUUUGUGCCUUAAUUUAUGGUAUGUUUACCAAUUAGUAUGCAAAGCAGCAGCAUUCUAUUGGUUUCUCAUGAACAUGAGCUUGAGGACAGUGCACUUAGUAUCAGCACUUACUGAUUGUUAGUAUUAUUUCAAGUAUUUUUUGUAACCAGCAGUGUGUAGGACUAUUUUAUAUCGUAUUCUUGGUUCCCAUCAGUGCUCAGACUCGUGCAGACAAGGAAUUUGACACAGGCAGCAACAAAGGUAGUUGCCUAGUCAGAACAGUAUUUAUCCUUAAAAACACCCAACUUACUCCAGUGACUGACACCAUUUCUUUCUGAUAGAUUUCAAAUCUGUGCUGGAAAGACUGUUUGUUGCAUAUCUUAUUAGCUCUUCACCAUAAACCAUUUUUGGCUCCCAACACUCGUCCUUAUUAUGAAAUCAAUAUAAUUACAUAUUAUAAUCCUCAGGCUCAAGCAGGUGUAGGAUUAAGCAGAGGCAGUAGCCCAACCUUAACUUCCAGUGCUGGUGCAAUGUGGCGAGUCUUACACCUGCAUGAAGCUAAGCACUGGCAGGAGACACAAAUCUAUAUAUCCUACAGAUGGCUUCAAAAUAAAUAUUUACCACAUGUUAAGGAUGAUUCAUGAGAUGUCCAUCAGUUGCACACACAUUGGCUGUAUUGUUUUUGUUGUGCCUGUGUAAUGGCCAGAGCUGCAGAUAAGGACUGUGAGGACCUUAAGCUGUGUACCUAGUACCCUUUGCUGAAUGCACCUCAUGUCUCAAAGCCUGGGUUCAAUAUGCAGGCAGGUUGUUGGAAAAUACAUUCAUCCCAAGUAGGCCAAUAUCUCAUGUUGAAAUGCCAGAAUUUUACUCUUAACUACACUCUCACACGACCACUGCAUGUAACGAAACACACGAGAAAUUAAUCCAGACAAGGAAAGGUUUUGCUGGCGCCGGGGAUCGAACCCGCGACCAGUGAGACGGGAGAGCCACUCCUUAACCAGUCGGCCAAAGAGGUGCCCCACUCGCAGAGUGAGUUAUGGGAGGCUCGCCCAUCAGGCAAGUCGCUGCACUACAAUGUUUUUAGAGAGUUAGCAGUUGGCCUCAUGAAAGUGUUGGCAUCCAUUUCUGUGUUGUGUUUCUCCAAAUGGAAGGGGGCUGGAUUUUGUAUGGCUUAUGUUUCUUGAAGGAGGUCUCGGGUCUCUUUACCAUAGAAAAUGUGUUAAAAACUGAAGCACAAAAGAACUUGAUCUAAAUGGAAAAAAGGAAGGCAUGUAAUGGCCGGAGAGGUGGAUAUGUACUACGAAUGCCUUAAGCAGUGGGAUACACUUUGGCUCAACACCAGAGACCCUGUCUCAGGGGCCCAAUUUGGAAUCCUUAGUGAGCUGAGAAAAAGAUUUAUGUAUUUCCAAGUACAUGUAGAUAAAUUUCUCAUGUCCUCAGGCAAAGCACCAGAUCCCCCUAUGAGCUAGGAAGCUCCAAAGCUUUCCUUAGGUUGCAUUAUUUGACAGGGUUAACAUUGGACUAGCACCAUAUCUGUCUCAGCUGGACUACUUAAUAAAAAACAAAAGAAAGCAUGCAGCCUGCCUCCAAUGUAAACAAGCAUGAUAUCGGGCACCUGACCAUUGUGUUUGCCAGAAAAUAGAAUUGGCUUUUACUGAAGUGUUGAUAUUGUUUCAUUCAAAAAAUAUCUGAUUCCUUUUUUUUUUUUAAACUUCAUCCUUUUAGCUUAGGAAAUCAAGGGUCUACUGUAUAUACAAAUAUUUACAUCUACUUGUUUAUACAU